UAUCACAGUCUCGUGAUUAGGGUAUUAAGCAAUCUAUUUUGAUAUAUAAACAACACAUAUGCUUUAAUUUUCAUAUUACUAAAAAGCACGACAUAACAAUAUGUCUGAAGAUUCACAGGUCCUUCGAAAAAGAGGAAAAGAGCAGGAUAUAUACGGCGAACAGCCUCCACCUUAUUCAGAAACAUCUAAUCAAAUAACACCCAAUGGAAACCAGGUUAUCAUUUUGCAACAAAUGUUUUAUGAGGAUCCAGUCCGAGUUAUCUGUCCACAUUGUGGAGGCGAUAUAAUAACAUCUACCCGGUAUAAAAAUGGCACAGCUACAUGGUUGGCUGCAGCAGUCAUGUGUUUUAUUGGUUUAGGUUUCGGUUGUUGUUUAAUUCCAUUUUGUGUAAAAGGAGCUAAGGAUGUCAUACAUUCAUGUCCAAAAUGUAGGAAAGUUGUUGGACAGUAUUCUAGAAUCGGAGAAUAGAGCGUUAUUGGAUUUACAAAAUAAAUUAUAACAAACGCUCCAAAUGCAGUUAUACAGGAUCAACUGAGCAUAAGAUCCGUCUAGAGUUAUCGAGGUGAUGUAAAGAUCAGUAUGGUAUUGUUACUGGCACACUAUGAUACAGAAGAUGAGAAACAUUUCUGAUUUAAUCUCAAAAUGAAUACUCCAGUCUUGAAUUUUUACAGAAAAUUAAGAAUAUCUAUUCAAUCAUGUCAAAUAUAGAUGAUACGGAUAUCUUUGAUAAAUUGGUUUCAUGUCAUCCACGUCCAUCAGUUAUGCAGUAUGCUGCUCAAUUUAGUAAAAGGUCAUGGCCACUGAAGAAAGUGGACUCAACAAAUGCAUGAUAUGUACAUAAUAUAUGUGUAUUAUGUCUUGUACUUUUAUUAUUCUUGUGCUGUUGUUUUAUGUACUGUUAUUUUAUUAAUUUCAUCAUGUUCGUGUAUGACAUCAACCCCAUUAGGGGUAUAACUCUGCAUUUGAAUAAAUAAAUUAACUAUGAUACA